GCAAAAGUGGCUAACUUUUGUUUCAAUGGCUCAAUUGGAACCUUAUAGAAAUCUAUUUUUAUGGUGGUUCAGGAUCGUAUGGUAUAUCUAGUAUCUUAGUUCAAUUAUUUGGCCGUUUUUGGCGCUGCAGACAAUUUUAAAAUUAUACACGUUUCUCUGUGUAUAUCUCACCAUUAGUCCAAUCCUGAUCCACACUACAUGGUAACACUGUUAGUUAUUUUUUUGGGGCAGUGAGAUGAAAAACUAAGUUUUAUAGAAUUGGAAUUGUGUAUACCGUGGUUCAGGUUUGUCAUCGUUCUUGCGUCGGCCUCGCGUCGGUCGUCGGUUUGACAAUGAAUAAUAGAGGCCGUUGCAAAUUAGUGGUUGAUUUGUGGUUAGCGAAAGGUAGGUUAUUGUCUCUUUCUCAUUUUUCUCUUUCUACACAAAAAGUAUUUUUUCGAGGAUCCACGUUAAAACAAUAAAAUUUUUAGAAAAGAAAACGACAGAAGUUAGUGAUAAUUGCUCGAAUAUUUCCGAAAAUUAUUUGUCACCACCUCCAUCAGGAAUAAAUAAAUUAAAUAAAGAUUCGCCUUUAAAUGUAAAAUCUCAUUCUUCAAAUUCAAAUAUUUGUUUUCAAAAUGAUGAAAAUGCAAAAGACGAGGAUGGAAGGUCUGUAAUUGAUCAAGUUGUGGCUGAUGUGUAUUUAAUGAAUAGGAAUAAUCAGAAAAUAAGAAGCUCUGAUACUGGAUGCUGUAAUACUCACAAAAAUAAUUUAUCACCUGCGAAAAUACAGAUCAUUGAAGAUUGGCUUUUGGGUGUAAAGCCUAAAUGUAUAUUUUCAAAACUUUCUUCUCAAAAUGAUCAGUCAAGUAUAGAAGAGGAUCACGAAAACGAAAAAAAAAAGAAACCGAAAACAUAAUGGUGAUGUCACAUCUACAGAUGAUCAAACUAAAGGAUUACCAGAUGAACGGGAGUCCUGUGUGAAUAGUGCUGAUAUUGAAAAUGACGAUUCUGUAGAAGAUCCUGAUUAUAUUCCAGAUGACUACCCAGCUAAAAAAAAAGGGUACGCUAUUCGCUUAAUUCUCUUUGAAUGUGAUUAAGCUUUAAAAUUGCAGUUUUUCAAUAUAAAAAAGCUACCAAAAAACCUCUUAGCCACUGAUUGUCAACCACGGAUACUUGGAGAAUUGCAAGAUGAAAGCAGAAGUGAUAAUGUAGCUCAACAAAUUUCAGAUCUUGCUCUAAAAAAUGAGCCAAUGGUGGAAAAAGCAUUAAGAAAGAACUACAAAGAUCGGAGAGAUUUUUGCCUCUAUUGCAAAAAAGAUGUAUCGCAUUUUGCUAGACAUGUUUCUAAAUGGCACUCCGAGGAGAUUGAUGUAGUCAGACUACUUUGUCAUCAUGUUAAUUCAAAGGAGAGGCGACUGGCUUUAUCAAACUUAAAAAAAAAAAGAAAUUUUAUCAAAAAUAGGGCAGAUACUGUAGUAAGUCCUGUCAAGAGAUUAAAAAUUACUGAAAAAUUUUCGACCUCAGACGAGUAUCUACCCUGCAAAUAUUGUUUAGGUUACUAUAAAAAAAAAAGUUUAUGUAGGCACACCAAAAUAUGUCCAUAUAAUUAUGAUAAAGAAAACAAAAGAAGACAAACUUCCCAAAACGAUGGACAAACUGCUUUACUUUUACAAGAUUUUCAACAAGACGAUUUAUUGAAAACUAAAAUUUUCUGUAGAAUGCGCGCAGACGACAUAAGCCUUAUAGCUAAAAAAGAUACUUUAAUUUGUCAAUAUGCAUUUUCCUACAUAAAGGUACAUAAAAUAAAGAUAAUAUAUAAAGAUAAUAUUGACUUGGUAAGACAAAAUAUGCGAAGACUUGCAAAACUUUUGCGGUGUGAUAGAAAAGAGAAUUCCGACGUUCAGAAUCUUAUAGAUAUUCUCCCACCAAAGCACUUUAAACUAAUAAUAUCUGGAGUUAAUAAAAUUGCAAAAUAUAAUACCCAAACAGAAAAUUAUGAAUCUCCAACUUUGGCUAUUAAUUUUGGAACAAUUAUAAAAAAAUGUUGUGACCUCGCAUAUAUUAAUCUCGUUCAAAUGGAAAACACAAGCGAUCAACGAAAAGAUCUUAAAAUAUUAAAGAACCUAAUAGAAUCUCAAUGGUGUAAUGAAGUUUCUGUGCAAGCAUGUACUAAUUUAAAUGAAAGUAAAUGGAACAAAGAAGAAUUAUUGCCUCUUACUAGUGACCUAAAGAGGUUUAAUAUUUUUUUGUAAAAUGCUGCAGGGCAAUCAUUUAACAGUUUGAAAUCAAACGAACACGAUUUCAAAGCCUAUAAUUCAUUAAAAGAAAUAUUGUAUACCCAAGUUAUUCUUCUUAACAGAAGGCGACCAGCUGAGGUAGCUCAGCUAAAAGUCCAAACUUUUAAAUCAAUUAAUUUAGAAAGUGAUUCCAAUAACGAAUUUGAAAAAUGUUUAACAGAAUCCGAAAAGAUUUUAUUAAAAACCUGCAGUCGUUUAAUUAUAAGAGGAAAGCGUGGAAGAGGGGUACCCAUAUUAUUAUCACCAAUAAUGAAAACGCAUUUCGAAUGUAUUUUGCAAACUAGAGAUAACUUUGCAAUUCAAAGUGAUUUUGUGUUUCACAGAACUGGUCGAGGGUUUGUUGAUGGAACUAAAAUUAUUCACAAAUACGCCAAGAAAUGCCAACUGGAGAAAGCUGCCAAUAUAACAGCAACAAAACUUCGAAAGCAUUUAGCUACCAUCACUCAACUUCUUCAGUUUUCAAAUAACGAUAUGGAGCAAUUAAGCAAAUUCAUGGGCCACACAUUACAAACUCAUUCAAACUUUUACCGUAUGUCCGAUAAAGUGUAUCAAACAGCUAAAAUUUCAAAACUUUUACUUUUAAUGAUGGAAGGUGGAGCCGACAAAUACAAAUCUAAAACACUAGAUGAAAUUGAUAUUGAUUUAUCCCCUGUUUUUGAUAAUGAAGAAAUGGAAACAAUCUAUGCAAGUAACAAUAAUCUGAACAUUGACUGCGAGAUGCCAUCCACUUCAAAUAAUUCUGAAAUACCAACAAAAGCGAUAAAACCAAAAAAGCCAAUCCCCAUUAAUGAACGACAAUCAUGGACAAACUUACAAAAAACAAAAAUUUCAGAAUAUUUUUCUGAUCAUAUUAAAAAAAGAAAAUCUCCGAAUAGGCAGGAAGUUACUGAAUUCUCUAAUCAAUAUCCUGAAUUAUUUAAAGACAGAAAAUGGACAAACAUAAAAGCUGUAGUUUAUAAUAUGUACAGUGGAAAACUUAAAUAUUAAGACGCUGAGAUGUUAAAUUUUGUAUUGUAUUUCUAGAAUGUUUUAUAUAUUUGAUUCAUUACUUUGUAUUCUUGUGCUGAUUUUGUUUUUAGUUUAUUAUUAAGCCAACUUAGUUUUUAAAAUACAUAUUUUUUGCUUAUAUUUUAUUUUAACUUCACAAUAAAAGUGUAUCAUGUAACUUCAAAAUUAUGUUUCACAAAUAGGCUAUUAUUUUGUCUUUCUCAAGAGUUACGCUUACUUGAUUUGUAUGAAUAACUUUACGUCAGUUUUGUUUUUAACAAUAAAGUAAUAACGGUACCUUGGCAGUGCAUUUUUUGAAAAUUUAACCACGGAACAAUAACAUGAACUUGACCGGUUCUAUAGGAUUUAAGCAAAGAAUUCUCUAAAACACUCACUUAUUCACCGCUAUAAACGCCACUUUUGCUAUCUACAGCUGCAAGCCAAU